AUGGUAGCUAUGUUGUUCCUCGGAGUGUUAUGCUUAGCGUUGGGAGCUUUGGCUCAUCCCACAUUUUAUAUGCCUAGAACUGCUUUUGAGUACCCUAUGUCAUUCCCGUAUUAUCCAAAAGUAGCAAUAGUAGAGGCAGAUGAAAAAUUAGUACCAGGUAUACCUGAGGCACCUAAAUUGGACCCAUUAUCUUCAGUUAAGGAAGUCACCAUUGAAGAGUUCAAAGAAGGCGAUUGGAGACUCGAAGAAGAUAAAGAAGAGGAAAACCUUGAAAAAUAUGACGAUGGACAGUAUAAAGGCGAGGAGGUUAAAGAAGAAGAAGGACAGUGGAAAGACGAGGAGUUAAAAGAAGAAGAAGGACAGUGGAAAGGCGAGGAGGUAAAAGAAGAAGAAGUAAUUGGGGAAGUGAUUGAACCUAUAGAUAAAGAGGACGAGGAAGUGAUUGAGUCCAAAGAAAAAGAAGACGGAGAAGAGAAUGAAAAAUAUAGUGAAGAAGAAAAAACAGAAGACGAGUCAAAGAAACCCGUAGUUGUUGAGCUGGAUGGCCCAAAACUCCCCGAAUUCAUCACUAACUUGUGGGCCAACCGACCCUCAUUCCCUCACAUUACUUUACCCACUAUCAAUUUCCCAUUUAGCUUGCCUUCUUUCUUCCCAAAAACAAGGACGUUAGUACCAACAGCAGAUAUACCUUAUAUAGUUGGUACCUCACGAGUACGCAUACUUGACAAGAAUUAGAGAAAUUAUUAUAAACAGCAGAUUUAUACAACAGAGCAAACUGAGUGCCUACGCCAAAGAAAUAUGUGAUGUUACAAAAUAAUUAAACGACGUUGAAAGCAACUUUUUUAUUUUCUUGUGAACUUACAAAUUGGCUACCUCUGCCUUUUUCCACGUGCUCAAAGGCUAAGUAAGAUCUUUUGAACCGAUUUCAAAAUCCUAAAAAGGGAGGUUCUAUGUUCGACGGCGAUGUAUGUUUUUUAUUGUAUGUUCGCCGAUAAUCCCGCCAAUCGGGAGUUCG